UUGAUCUUCUUCUUCUCCAAAUCUCACUGUAGGGUUUUUAGGGGUUAUCUCUCUCUCUCUCUCUCGCUGCAAUAAUGGAGUCUCUAGGGAAGCUACAGCUUCGUCAGCAACCAAAUCACCUCUCUUUCACUCACUUCUCUUCAUCUCUCCCGAAAAAUUCUUCAUCCUUCUCUUUCAGAUCCUUACCCAGAUCAACUCCGUCCUUCAAAUCCGCUUCUAUCAAAGCUUCAUCAUCGAAAUCUCAAGAGCCGAGGCUCUCAGUCCUCAAAUCCACCUGCGUCACCGUCACUACUGCAGCAGCGUUGUUCCUUGUGAAUCUCCAGCUCAAACCUUCGCCGGCGAUUGCCGCCCCUGUCACGGCGACGCCAUCUGUGGAAUCUCUCGAACAGGGUAACGAGGAUUAUUCUUAUCAAGAUGUAGAGAGAUCGCUCGAAGAGCAUCUUGUUUCUCAACCUGAAGAUGUGGAAGUUCUACGUGGUUUGAUGGAGAUAAAGAUCAAAUCUCGGAAGCUUCCAGAAGCAAUAGAAUUGAUUGAUAGGUUGAUUGAACUGGAACCAGAGGAGAAGGAAUGGCCAAUUUUGAAAGCUAAUAUCUUUAGUUACAGUGGAGAUUUAGAUUCUGCUAAAGCUGGAUUCGAGGAGAUUAUAGCUAAGGAUCCGCUUCGUGUCGAGGCUUAUCACGGCCUAGUUAUGGUUUAUUCAGAUUCUGGUUCUGAUUUGAAUGCGAUGGAGAAGAGAAUUGAGGAGGCGAUGGUGAGGUGCAAGAAAGAGAAGAAUCGUAAGGACUUGAGGGACUUCAAGCUUCUAGUGGCGCAAAUUCGGGUUGUUGAAGGGAAGCAUAACGAAGCAUUGAAGCUGUAUGGUGAGCUAGUGAAGGAAGAGCCGAGAGACUUCAGGCCGUAUCUAUGUCAGGGGAUUAUAUACACAGUGUUGAAGAAGCAAGAUGAGGCGGAGAAACAGUUUGAGAAGUUCAGGAGACUUGUCCCCAAGAAUCAUCCAUACAGAGAGUAUUUUAUGGAUAAUAUGGUUGCUACUAAGCUCUUUGCCGAGAAGGCACAGCGAGAGAUGGCUGGAUCAAAGAGUUAACUGGCUAAUGAUGAUUGUCUUACAAAAUGGUAAUGCUUGGUGGUAUUCGGCUUGAAUGUGAUUUUGUUGGGUUUUCGGUUGUUUGAUGAUUGUAGUAGGUAGUUUCAGAGUGAAUUGAUAUCAAGAUCAUGUGUUGUAGCAUUUGUUGAAUACUCAAUACUGGAAUCUUGAAUUUCUUGCAGUGUUUUUUUUUUUUGA